AUUUCUCUUUUGGAUGUCUUCGGAUUUCGGUGUUUUUGCCAAUCAUCGUGUGAUCUUGGAUCGACUUAGCAUUUUUACAUCUUGCGUCUUGUAAUAUUUUCAUUUACAUUAUUAGUCGUUAUCAUCACCAGUGAAGGAGGCAGUGGAUGUGCGUGCUCCAGUGUUUCCAAUGUUUCCACGAGUUUCUCACAUCUCCGAGACUCUUUGAGAAACACGUGCUCGCGUAAUACGCGUGUCCGUGUGAAUUUGUGUCGUGCGAUAAAAAAAAGAUCAGUGGUUCGUUAAACAUGAAUCAUACGAAGUUCGAUAUUUUCGUGGGUACAAAAUUUGGUAUCAUUAAAGGAUUGCAGAUCGGACGAGUAAAGAAGGAGAAUAAAAUAAAAAAUUUGCAGAAUGUAUCCAUUCUUACAAAAACUGAUAAAGUUACUAGAAUGGCAUGGGGCGACAACGAACAAGAGAUUUUGGUCGCAUGCAAUGGUUACAAAGAUAACAAAGUAAAGAUCUUUGAUACAGAGAGUACAGUACUCAAAGAUUGGUUUUCUUGUGACAUAGGCACAGGUGCUAUCAGUGGAAUUUCACGAUAUGGCAGUUCUAUUUUGACAUCGGUCAGAACCGGAGAGAUAUGCUUGUGGACUGAGGGAAAAGGAGAGCUAUUGAUAAAAACCGAACCUUACUUGGACAGAAUGUGCCACUCGCGUGAAAACACCAACUUAAUAGCAACCGGGGGAAAGGAAAGUAAUAAGUUGAGAGUGUUCGAUAUAGAGAUGCAAAGAUUGAUAUUCUCUGCAAAGGAUCUUCCGCACGACUGGCUGUGCUUAUCCAGAAAAACUCCAAUAUCAGACAUACAUUUUUUGCCAGGAAACCUAAUAGUCACAGUCGGUAAAUAUGGAAAUAUACAUCUGUAUGAUCCACGUCGUCAAAGACGUCCUACAAUUGAUAUGUCGAUGCAUGAUGAAGCUUGGACCUGCUUAGAUAUCACGCCGAAAGAAAAACACAUCAUAGUGGGCUCAACUAAAGGCAAACUGAAUCUCGUCGAUCUAAGACAACCGGGCACCCUGCUAAACACGUACAAAGGAUUUAUCGGUGGUGUAACCGGAGUGGCUUGUAGUAAAAUCAAUCCGUACGUCGCCAGCGUCAGCCUCGACAGAUAUCUACGGAUACACCAUAUCCAUACAAAAGAAUGUCUCAAAGCCAUUUAUUUAACAUCAAAAUUAUCGUCUUUAGUAAUGAAAUCGGAUAUCUGUAUAGAAAUAGGAUACGAAGAUGGCACAGAAAGUUAACCCUCAACUACAGCAAUAGGUCAUUUAAAUCCGAAGCAAGCAGUUUUGAAUGUUUGUACAAUCUGUACAAACAAUUGAUACUAUUGAUAUGAUUGAUAUUCUAAAUUGUAAAAAAGCUUUGAACCUUCCUUUGUCAAUCGCUAUAAAGCGAAGAUUCGCUUGUUUACUUUAAAUAGGAUGCUUUAAAAUUUACAAGGAAAUCCAUGGAAGUGUCUUCCUCUGAUUUUGAAUUUGAAUAUGUUCUGUUCUAAAAAAAAAAUAAGGAACACGUAUUUUUUUUUUAAACAGCCCAAUCGCACUUUUAUCAGAUACACCCUUUGAAGAAAAUCAGUUAUUUUUUAAACAAUAUCGUUGAAAGAGAUAAAAAGAAA